CCGGGUUCCCCGCAAUCGCGAGUCCCACUGAGUAAGGGAAAGCCAGGGAGGAAAGGGAGGAUCCGCCUAGAGAAGGAGGGUCGGAGCAGAAACAAAGCUAAGGGUGGGAGAAAGAGGCAACACGGUCCAGACCACGUGCUCGGCGUCUUUCUGUAACCUAAGAGCAAAACAAACUGGCGUGGCCACGCCCUGCGCGGUCACGUGACUCCGGGAGCGCCGGUUCCGGCGGAGACGGAAUCCUUCCUGUGUGCAGGCCCCUUAUCCCGGCGGUACCUCUGACCCGUUGCUAGCUCCAUCACUGGCGCGGUAACCAUGGCAACGGACUGCAAGGGGCGCGGGCCCGGGACCCCGGCCCAGAGAGCUGUCGGGAAGGAAGGUGAAUGUGUCAAACCUUUCACACCAGAGAAAGCAAAAGAAAUUAUAAUGUCUUUACAGCAGCCUGCAAUCUUCUGUAACAUGGUUUUUGAUUGGCCCGCACAACACUGGACUGCGGAACACCUUUCCAGGGUCCUGCAGGGCAAGCAGAUCCGAUUCAGAAUGGGCCUGAGAAGCACAGAUACAGUUCCUCAGUUUGAAACUGCAUGUAGUUACGUGGAUGCUACACUUGAGGAGUUUCUGACCUGGAACUGUGACCAGUCUAGUGUCUCUGGACCAUUUAAAGAUUAUGACCAUUCCAAAUUCUGGGCUUAUGCUGACUAUAAAUAUUUUGUCAAUCUGUUUGAAGACAAGACAAAUGUUUUCCAGGAGGUGAUGUGGUCUGACUUUGGGUUUCCUGGAAGAAAUGGACAGGAAAGUACACUGUGGAUCGGCUCUCUGGGAGCCCAUACUCCCUGUCAUCUGGACUCCUAUGGCUGCAACUUAGUAUUCCAGGUACAAGGAAGGAAAAGAUGGCAUCUUUUUCCUCCUGAAGAUAUGCCUUUCCUUUAUCCAACCAGAAUCCCUUACGAAGAGUCGAGUGUGUUCAGUAAAAUCAAUGUUGUCAACCCUGAUUUAGAGCGUUUCCCUCAGUUCCAGAAAGCUCGAAGACAUACGGUCACACUGAGCCCAGGACAGGUUCUGUUUGUCCCCAGACACUGGUGGCAUUAUGUGGAAUCCAUUGAUCCUGUCACCGUCAGUAUAAACUCCUGGAUUGAGCUGCUAGGCAGACACCAGCUAGCUGUGAAUGAUCCGCGCCGCCGCAGCGCAAAUUGCAAAGUGCUGCCGGGAGUAGCAAAACCCGCAGAGAGGCCUGCAGAAGAUUUAAACACUCCAGGGCCUGGCGGGAGGGCGCGGGAAGGUGGGCAGGAAGAGGACCACCUAGCCCGGGUGGAAGAGGCAAUCACCCGCAUGCUCGUAUGUGCCCUGAAGACUGCAGAAGAUCCACACCAUCCCAGAGCCUGGCUGAACCCCACUGAGGUUGAAGAAACAUCUCAUGAAGUCAAUUGCUGCUACUUAAAUGAUGCUGUUUGUGCUUUUUUUGACCAUUGUGGAAAAGCUAAAGAAGUAGAGACGCAGGCACUGAGAGCAAACGGGGAGAAGUGGCGAAAGGAAGAGCCAAGUGUGCAGGAGCACAUGGAAGUGGAACAAGCACACAGUCAGAGCUUUACUGUGAGGACUGGGAAACAGGAGGUCGCAAGUCAGUUUGGCCCAGAUCUGGUCCCUGUGACACCAGCGUCAGAAGAUCGGCCUUCGGAAAAAGGAGGCAUAUUGGGAAGUGACAGCAAAGGAUGUAUCGACAGAGACAAAGAACACUCUGCAGAACUGUCCUAUGCCAGGAGGCAACAAGCUAGUAUAGGGGCAAGUGCAGCGUCAGAACAGGUCACCUCAAGGUGUCCUGUGGCACCUUCUCCAACAUUCGUGUCCACAGAUGACUUGCUGGACUGCUUGGUGAAUCCACAAGUAACCAGGAUGGUGGCCCAGCUUUUGAUACAAGGAAAAAGCUUGCGAUUCUAAUAGAUUGUUUUUAAUAAAAUUUUAAAAUAUAAUUUUAGAACUAGUAUGCUA